GUUUAGGGGCGGAACUGUUUAAUGAUGAAGUGAAACUGAAAGCGACUGUGUCAAACGCCAUCUUCAGAGAACUCAAAAUCAGAAAAGAAGCUUGAAAUCAAGUUUCGCAUCAAGUGGGAAGAGGAGGAGAAACCUGCCUGUGAAAUGAGUGCGUAUGAGGAGAGAAAGGAGGAGACUACUGUUGACGCUCAGAGAGCAUCAUCUUCAGGAUUCAGCUGUGUGUCUAUGAAGAGUAACAACUCCAUGAUUCAGCCCCCUCUUCUCAGUGAUGUCGACGCUCAGAGAGCAUCAUCUUCAGGAUUCAGCUGUGUGUCUAUGAAGAGUAACAACUCCAUGAUUCAGCCCCCUCUUCUCAGUGAUGUCGACGCUCAGAGAGCAUCAUCUUCAGGAUUCAGCUGUGUGUCUAUGAAGAGUAACAACUCCAUGAUUCAGCCCCCUCUUCUCAGUGAUGUCGACGCUCAGAGAGCAUCAUCUUCAGGAUUCAGCUGUGUGUCUAUGAAGAGUAACAACUCCAUGAUUCAGCCCCCUCUUCUCAGUGAUGUCGACGCUCAGAGAGCAUCAUCUUCAGGAUUCAGCUGUGUGUCUAUGAAGAGUAACAACUCCAUGAAUCAGCCACCUCUUCUCAGUGAUGUUGACGCUCAGAGAGCAUCAUCUUCAGGAUUCAGCUGUGUGUCUAUGAAGAGUAACAACUCCAUGAUUCAGCCACCUCUUCUCAGUGAUGUCGACGCUCAGAGAGCAUCAUCUUCAGGAUUCAGCUGUGUGUCUAUGAAGAGUAACAACUCCAUGAAUCAGCCACCUCUUCUCAGUGAUGUUGACGCUCAGAGAGCAUCAUCUUCAGGAUUCAGCUGUGUGUCUAUGAAGAGUAACAACUCCAUGAUUCAGCCCCCUCUUCUCAGUGAUGGAGCUGCUGUGACCUCUGACUCUCUCAGGAAGAGAAAGAGAGCAUCAUCUCCAAUAUCCAACUGUGUGUCCAUAAAGAGCAACCGAUCCCCAUUUGAUCCACCCAUGUUCAGGACUGGAGCAGCGCGCUUUGACCCUGUUGGUAACUCAACGACUGGCACAUUCCCUUACUGUCAGAGCCACACCAGUCAUCAUGAUACAGAAACAGACCUGCAGCUAAAUUCAGGCCCAACAGUGCAUGCUGAUCUACUGAAGCACAAGCACAAAACCAGCAUGAGGAACAAGUAUGAGAGCUUAUUUGAGGGAAUAAAACUACAAGAAAAUCAGACCCUCCUGAACAGGAUUUACACACAGCUGUACAUCAUAGAGGGAGAGAGUGAAGGAGUGAAUGAAGAACAUGAAGUGCUACAGAUGGAGAAAAGUUACAGGACACUCCAAGACACUCCAAUCAACUGCAAUGACAUCUUUAAUCCUUUACGUGAACCAGGAUAUGAGGAGAAGAGAAGAGAGAAGAAAGACACAAUAAAGACUGUUCUUACUAAAGGCAUCGCUGGAAUUGGAAAAACUGUCUCCGUGCAGAAGUUCAUUCUGGACUGGGCCGAGGGAAAAGCCAAUCAGGAUGUAGAUUUCAUGUUUGUGCUUCCAUUUAGAGAACUGAACUUGAUUAAAGAUCAUCAGUACAGUCUUCACAGACUUCUUCUUGACUUUCAUCCUGAACUUCAAGAUCUGGACUCAAAGAUUUAUGAUGAAUGUAAAGUUGUGUUCAUCUUUGAUGGUCUGGAUGAAAGCAGAAUUUCACUGAUGUUUUCAGACAGUCAGAAAGUUUCUGAUGUGACUGAGAUUUCAUCAGUGGGUCUGUUGAUGUCAAACCUCCUGAGAGGAGAUCUGCUUCCCUCUGCUCUCAUCUGGAUCACCACCAGACCAGCAGCAGCCAAUCAGAUCCCCUCCAACUACAUCAACCGUGUGACAGAGAUUCAGGGAUUCAAUGACCCUCAGAAGGAGGAAUAUUUCAGGAAGAGAAUCAGUGACGAGCAUCAAGCCAGCAGAAUCAUCUCACACAUCAGAAGAGCAAGAAGCCUCCACAUCAUGUGUCACAUACCCGUCUUCUGCUGGAUCUCAUCCACUGUGCUUCAGAACAUCCUGAAACAAGAUCUCAGUGCAGAAAUCCCUCAAACUCUGACUGAAAUGUACAUCUACUUCCUGCUCAUUCAAACAAAGAUGAGGAACCAGAAGUAUGAAGAGAGAGAUCCAGAGAAACUCCUGCAGUCCAACAGAGAAGUGAUUGUGAAACUUGCUGAACUGGCUUUCAAUCAGCUGAUGAAGGGCAAUGUGAUGUUUUAUGAGGAGGACCUGAGAGAGAGCGGUAUAGACGUCACUGACGCCUCGGUGUAUUCUGGGAUCUGCACUGAGAUCUUUAGAGAGGAAUCUGUGAUUUAUCAGAGGAAGGUUUACAGUUUUGUUCAUCUGAGCUUUCAGGAGUUUUUUGCAGCACUGUAUUUGUUUUUCUGCUAUUUACACAAGAACAGUGAGGUUCUGAAGAUGUUCCUGACAGGAAAGAACAGAACUGAGUGUGAGAAAGUUUCUCUGGAUGUGUUUCUGAAAGAAGCAAUGAAUAAAGCCUUGAAGAGUAUAAAUGGACACCUGGAUCUUUUCCUUCGAUUUCUUCAUGGUGUCUCACUGGAGUCCAGUCAGAGACUCUUAAAGGAUGUGCUGAUACACACAGAGAACAACCCAGAGAUCUUCAAGAAAAUAAUCCAAAACCUCAAACGAGGUCAAAAAAGCAAAGUCAGUCCUGAACGAUGGAUGAAUCUGUCACACUGCUUGAUUGAGAUGAAGGAUAACUCUGUAGUUGAAGAAGUGCAGGUGCUUUUAAAAUCUAAAGCAAAAACUAAAAUUCUUACUCUUGCACAAUGUUCAACUUUGGCAAACAUGAUCCUGAUGUCAGAGGAGGUGCUGGAUGAGUUAGACCUUAAAAAGUACAAUAUCAAAUCAAAAGAGGGUCGAUGGAGACUGCUACCUGCUGUGAGAAACUGCAGAAAAGCUCUAUUGGCAAGCUGUAAUCUCACUGAUCAGCACUGUGAAAUUAUGACUUCAAUCCUACAAUCUUCAAACUCCCCCCUGAGAGAGCUGGACCUGAGUAGCAAUAGCCUGCUGGUUUCAGGAGUAAAGCUGAUCUGUGCUGGACUGCAAAGUCCUAACUGUCAACUCAACAUACUGAGAUUGGCAGACUGCAAUCUUACUGAUCCGCAUUGUGAAAUUGUGUCUUCAGCUCUACAAUCAUCAAACUCCCUGAGAGAGCUAGACCUGAGUCAUAAUGACCUACAAGAUUCAGGAGUGAAGCUGCUCUGUGCUGGACUGAAGAGUCCAAACUGUCAACUCAACAUACUGAGAUUAUCUGGCUGUAUGGUGACAGCAGAAGGUUGUGCUGGUCUGGCAUCAGCUCUGAGUUCAAACCCCUCACACCUGAGAGAGCUGGACCUGAACUACAAUCACCCAGGAGAAUCAGGAGCGAAGCUGCUGUCUGAUAUACUCAAACAUCUGGACAAACUCAAUGUGGACCAUGGAGGAGAGAUCAGGAUCACAGCAGGACCUCAGAAAUACGCCUGUGAUCUCACACUGGAUCCAAACACAGCACACACUCGACUCGCUCUGUCUGAGGAGAACAGAAAGGUGACGUGUGUCUCUGAGGAACAGUCGUAUCCUGAUCAUCCCGACAGAUUUGAUCGUUAUGAGCAGGUUGUGUGUUCAGAGAGUCUGACUGGACGCUGUUACUGGGAGACUGAAUGGAGCGGAGAUGUUCAUAUAUCAGUGUGUUAUAAAGAAAUCAAGAGGAAAGGAGGGAGUGCUGACUGUUGGUUUGGAUAUAAUGUGAACUCCUGGAGUCUGAUCUGCUCUGAUCAAGGAUUCACUGCUCGUCACAAUCGUAAAGACACUCAUAUCUCUGUUACUCCAGACUCCUGUAAGAGAGUAGGAGUGUUUCUGGACGAGUCGAGCGGCUCUCUGUCCUUCUACAGCGUCUCUGACACACACACACUCACACACCUUCACACAUUCACACACACAUUCACUCGACCUCUACUCGCUGGAUUUACACUUUAUGACUACUCUUCAGUGUCUCUGUGUCACAUUAAACACUAAACACACUCCCACACACACACACACUCACACACUUUAUCUAAUUUUGAAAUUGCAUCAACUUCUAUUGCUUUUAUAAAUAGCUAGUUUAUAUAUUUGUGUCUGUGGAGAACAAAAGCAGUCAAAAGUUUUAUUUAUAGCAAUAACCAAAAAUACAUUGUAUGAGUCAAAAUGAUCCAUUUAUCUUUUAUGCCAAAAAUCAUUAGGAUGUUAAGAUCAAGUUCCAUGAAGAUAUUUCAACUUGAAUAUAUCAAAACUUCAGUUUGGAUUAGUAAUAUGGAUCGCUAAGGACUUAAAAUGUUUGCAGAUUGUCGCCACCAGAGUAUCUGCCCUCCCCGUCCAAACAAAACACAGAGUGUGCGCAGACAUCACGUGAUCCUCUAGACUAGUGCACAUAUUAUCACAUUUUUCAAGAUAUGGGACAGAAAAUGUAUAGGUCUAUAUAAUUUAUAUUAUUCCAUGUAGUUAAUAUCACACAAAGAGUGACGUUUUUCUCCAAAAGUCAGCAUAUAAUUACAAAUGUGAUAUUAAUUUUAUACAGCAGUUCAAUAAACAGGAAGUUAAUAUCAGGAGACUUAUGUUUUAGACAACAUAUUCCCUGUUUUUGCUCUAUUUCUAAAAACAAGAAUCAAUCCAAACACAGCCACUGUUUUGCGUCUCUGAGCAACAUGUUAGUGUUUCGUUCCUGAAUGAAUCAACCGUUUAAAUGAUUCGGUUCAAACACAAUGACUCACUUAUGAUCAGUGACUCGUUCUCACUUACUGGUGGUUUAAUUUCACAUUUAAAGUAUCUUUUGAUUUUUUUAAACAAUUUCAAACAUCAGUUUUCAAUGUUAUUUGUUAUUUUGUAACUGCAGGUUAAAGUAUUCAAUUUCCCACAGAGCUGCAUUAAACAGAGUGUAAAAACAUCUGAAUGACACUUCAGAUGCAGCUUCUGUUUUCUCUGCAUUGCAAAGAUCAGUUUUGUUGUUACUGAUUGCAUUUGCUUGUUAACAGACCAAAUGCAAGUAUUUGACCUAAAAGAUGGUGCACAAAAAAAAAAAAAAAAAAAAAAAAAAAUGGAGUAAAGGUAAAAAUAAAAAAUUAAGGACUCACAAUUAGAAAAAAGAUAUCAGCACAAUAACACACUCAGCAAAAUAUUGUCUAAUUAUUGUCAUCGAUAAAAUCCCAUAAAUCACAGAGAUAUCUUUUGGUUUUUGUCAAUAUUGCAAACCCUUAUUUAUUUAUUUAUUUUCUUUUAUUUUGAUGUGCCACCCCAAGAUUUAAUGUGGCCUCAUCUGGCCACCCCUAUUAAUGUUUUCUGGGGGCGCCACUGACUCUAACAGUUUCUAUUUCUAUUCUACUACUUGUUUUUAUUUUAUAAUAUGACGCCUCUAACUCUGGCGUGGUGUUUUCCCUAUAAAUACGGAUUUCCAAAGUGUGACGCGCUACAUAGGCUACUUCAAAUAUUAAGACUGUGUUAAACUUUCGGCGUGCGCGAGUCCGCUGGUGUCCGCUGUGGUAUGCGUGACGUAAAAAUCGUCAUCGGAGAGUGUGCGCGAAAGCUCUGAGCGGACAUCCUCGUGCCUCCUGUUUAUUCUUCAGUAGGCUUCAAAAGCAAGCACCAAUACACAUGCACAGGCUGUGUGAAGAAGCCCGUUGCUACUCGAACCUGUACAAUCCGUCGAGAAAACAAUAUGACAUUAGUCAGAUGUGCAAUAAUUCUGGCCAAUUGUUUGUUCGUGUCCGGAUUGAUCAUGCAGAAAAUAUAACCAGGGCUUCAGUUCUAGCUGCGCUUGGUUUGAGUCAAGUUCAUUUACAUUUGGGAAUGCAACAUUCGUCAUUAGAAACAUUUAUAAAUCUGUUGUAGUUUCAGUGUCACAUAAUCAUUCAGAUUUGCUGCUCAGGAAACAUUUCUGAUUAUUAUCAAUGUUGAAAACAGUUUUGCUGCUUAAUAUUUUUGUGAAAGCAAUGAUACCUCAAACAUUUGUAUAUGAUUUAAUAAAGAGAGAAACUAAUUUUAUUCAUCAUGCAUGAAAGGGACGAAAAACAAGUGAAGACAUUUAAAAUGAUUUCUAUUUAAUACAUUAACAAAUUGAAUUGAUAUAUUUGAUAAAUGCAAAUAAAUGCUGUUAAUUAAAUUUAUAUGUAUCAAAAAAUCCUGAAAAAUAAAGAGCAUCAUCAUUUCCACACAAAUUAUGAAGCAGCACAAUUGAUUUCAACAUUGAUAAUAAUCAGAAGAUCAUGUGACACUGAAAACUGGAGCAGUGAUGAAGAAAAUUCAGCUUUGCUUCACAGAAAUAACAUUUAGAACAUUUUACAAUAUGUUAAAAUUGAAUUUUUUUUUGUAUUUGUAAUAUUUCACAAUAUAUAUAUAUAUUUUUUACUUUAUUUUGAUCAAAUAAAUUCAGCACUGAUGAGCAGAAGAUAAUUCAAAAUCAUUAAUAAAUGUAAUGUUUCCAAACUUUUUGCAUGUACUUUAAUAAUAAUUCUAUAUACUUUAUAAUAUUGUCAUGUUUUUAUUCCUGCUGAAGUUCCUGUCCCCAUUUAGUUCAUUAAUCCCAGGUGUUUAUUCAUGUUCAUUGUCAUUAUUUCCAGGUGUUUCUCGUCUUCUUCUCAUCAAGUCACGUGUUUAAAUAGUGUCCCAAUCCUAGUGUCUUUGUCUGCUGUUUUUGUCUUUUGAGUUUCUGUUGCUUGUUGUUUAUUAAAUUCCAAGUUUGAAGGAUUC